CUAAGCAACACUGCGCUGCAUAUUCACAUCGCUAUUUGUCAUAAAACAUCUAUAAAUCUAAUUUAUUUAUAUUUGCUGCACGAAUAUUAUUUGGUAAAUAACUUAUGGAUUCAGACGAUGCACAACUGCAUCCCAACUGGCUCGCACUAGCUACAGUUACCUUUCCGCGGAAACGUUUUGUACGUGGUUUGGAGUUGCAGAACAAUGAAGAAAGUAAAAUUGAAGAAAUUAGUGCUCAGCUGGGCGAAAGAGAUGGCGAAGAUGUAAGGAAAUUUUACGAGGAAUUAACAAAACAUUCCAAAUCGAAUGUGCCGGCUACUCCUCCGAGUGUAACUAACAGAUCGAUUAACCCUAAGGACGUCUCUUUAUUGAGUUUUGAACGCAAUAAAUUUUUUCGACUCGCUACGACAAAUAAUGUGACAGAGUUGGCACGCAUAAAGUACCAAGCUGGUGAUAUUGAUGUAUGCGAUUCUUUCGGUUGGACUGCACUUAUGAUGGCGGCUUGUGAGGGCGCAAUAGAUGUCGUACAAAUGUUAAUACAGUUAGGCGCUGAUAAACUUAUAAAAGAGAAAACCGGUCGCACGGCUAGAGAUUUCGCAAUUGAAAAGGGUUAUAAGCACAUUGCAUCGCUUUUAGAAGCGAACGCUGAGGAUUAUGAAGAACCUGAAAAGGAGGAAGUGUCUACUUUAGCCGUAUCAGUUGAGCCUUUCUAUUGCACCACCUGUGAACAUACUUUUACAGACACAACUCGACUGCAACACGAAACGUCGACAGUGCACCAAUUCAGUACCAAAACCAGUCUUGCACAAAAUAAGCUAACCAAAUUUAAUAUAUCCAACAAAAAUCGUGGCUUACAACUGAUGGUGAAACAAGGCUGGGACAAAGAAAGCGGUUUGGGUCCAACACAAGAUGGCCGUUUGUAUCCGGUUAAAACAGUGAUACGUAAGAAACGCACGGGACUCGGUACAAAACAGGAGCCGGCACGUGUAACACAUUUUGGCGCCUACGAUAAACAAGCCGUAAUGCAUAAUCGUUCAAGUGUCUUGCCAAAAAGUAAAAAGCGCUCACGCUGUGACAUACGUUCCGAGAAAUUACGCGAUUGUAAACGUGAACGACGACUACGGAAAGAGUUGAGCUAACGCUACAGUUUGGAUGCAGUUGUGUUUGUAAUUGAAAAUAUCUAGUCUUAAAAGUAUGUUCAUAUAUUCUGCAGAAAAUGUCUAAAACCGAUGAACAGAAAACUGUAGAGAUUAUAAAAUCGACCGAAGAGGUGGCCGAUAAGAUAUUAAUGAAUAAACAAGAGUUGGUGGAGCUGGAUAAGCGCAGACAACAAACACGCGAAGCUAUACGUGAACUCGAAAAGCAUGAAGCCAAGGCUGAAAAGAAAGUAUGGAUAACUGUGGGCAGCAUGCUUGUCAAGAUGGAACGUGAAAAAGCGCUGAAGCUUUUGAAAAAUG